CCCAUGUCUGAUACCUGUUCCCAUACUUGUUCGAGAAGCAGAAGCUUUCUUGACUUCUUUGCCAACAACCUGGCCCGAGUCCACAAUUACCACAAACCUGUGUCUAUAACAGACAUCAGUCAAUCAUCAUCACCAUCAUCAUCACCGCAUAGGCAAAGCCGGCGACUACUGCAAGCCCGUUUCACACCGCGGAUCAUCUCACCCACACCCGCACGCCAUACCCAUAUCCUAGAUUCCUUACCCAUACCACAAUUACAACCCUCCCCGUCCAUCCCAUACAACCCAUACAACCCAUCCAAUCCCAUAUUCCAGACUCCCAAUAACAUCACAUCAUUCAUUAUCCAGGCCAGGCACCCAGCCACGCCCGGCCAGGAUCUCUCUAAUCCUAUCUAUCUCUCCAGGCACACGCCAAAUGAGCAACCGGUAACCGCUGCCGGGAUCGUCGAGAAGCAAUCCUUUUGCAUGCUGCUCAUCAUCAUUCAUUGUCGUCAGCGUCAUCCUCUCUUUACACCCACUCAUGUAGUCGGAUCUUCUCUUUGUCAACGUCACAGCCGCCGGCCUCCACUGCUGGUUGGCACAUCUAAUUACAAACGGUCCAGGUACAAAGUGUCGGCAUAUCGGGCUGGCUCCCUGCUACUAUUAUAUGCCUUCAAUUCUGUAUUCAAGAGUGCAUUCGUGAGAUCAUUAGACUGUUAACUGGCUACAUUCAACUCUACAAUACCUGGCUUGCAAGGCCUUCAUACUCUCAACCGGCUACAACAUACUCUAGAACAGACAUGUAGAUUUAGAAAAUAAAAGUAUCUACAA